AGGUGAAAGGGUGUUUGAUCUCGAGGACAAAACGGUGUUAACCAUUUUUUGAUUUCAGCCAGUUCUCAGUCUCCACGAAUGCCCACUUGAUAAAGAAUGAGCUGAUAGUGUGUGGUUCUUGUGGAUAAAGAAAGUGUGACGUGAUACAACACACAAAGAGGCGCUGCAUGGACCAGUCCACUUUGGGUUUGGAAAAAAGGUGCAGAAGUAGAAGUGAAUCAUAGCUGAACCCCUUUAGCAGACAAGAAACUCUUGAAAGAAACAUUCAGCGUUCGACGGGAUUCCACAACGACGGUAGCUAGUACCGGCGACGACAGCGUCGAGCAAGCCACGAGCUCUCAUUCCACGCGGCAACGACUGACUCAAAUGCACAGCCGCCACAAGCAUAGACGGUCCGUGCGAUUCGUCGUUUCCGUCUCGAUCCCUGACCUCCGGGCGAGCAGAGCUACGCUACUCUCAGUAAAGUUAGUUUGAAAAGGCCAGGUGAAGCCGGAUUCGAAUGCAGGAUUCCAGAUUGGACGCACCCAACGAUAAUGAGUACGUCCGAAGGAAUGAUUGCGCUGAGUAAUGAGACUGUAGAAAAUUCCACCGUUUUGGCGUAUAUAGGACAAUAUAUAGAUUUGGACUAUUCCAUCUGGCUGUACCGGUUACUGACGCCGGUGCUUGUAACAUUCCUGUUGCCUUGCGCCUUCGUCUUACUCAUCUACACUACCAUAUCCUUUCUCUAUAUCUACAAACUCCAUAGUCGCUUCAUAUUGCAGGUGUACAAUGAAGGCGAUUUCGACUUUUGGGAUGUCGCUCGAACACUGGUGGCCGUCGUCUGGGAUGCCCACGGUUGGAUAUUCCAUGGCUAUGAAGUGUGCGGUUUGGAGAAUCUGCCGAGUUCAGGACCAGCCCUCAUCAUCUACUAUCACGGUGCUAUCCCGAUAGAUAUGUACUACUUCACUGCACGCGUCUAUCUUAAGCGGCACCGUCUGAUCUACACUGUUGGCGAUCGGUUUCUAAACAAUGUGCCCGGUUGGAAACUGUUGGCACGCGUCAUGAAGAUCAGCCCCGGUACGGUGCAGUCAUGUGCGAGUGUUUUGCGUGACGGCAAUAUGCUCUCGAUCGCACCAGGUGGCGUGUACGAGGCUCAGUUUGGCGAUAGUAACUACGAGCUGCUCUGGAGGCGUCGUGUAGGGUUCGCAAAGGUGGCGAUGGAGUCGAAAGCGCCAAUCAUUCCGAUGUUUACUGAAAAUCUGCGCGAAGGUUUCCGCUCCGUUGGAUUGGCGAAGCGGUUAUUCAUCCGGCUGUACAAUGCGGUCCGGUUUCCGGUGAGACCAAUCUACGGUGGAUUUCCGGUCAAGUUUCGUACUCACCUUGGUGCACCGAUCCCGUACGAUCCUUCGCUGUCACCCGAGGAGCUGCAGGAGAAGGUGGCUUUCGCGAUUGAAGAGCUUAUCAACCGGCAUCAGCGGAUACCGGGUAGCAUAUUCCACGCACUACUCGAUCGUUUCAUUGCCAAAAAGAAGGCACAGUGAAAGUGAAAUGACACGUUUGUGCUGGUACUAUGCUCGUAUCAGUGGAAUAUUCCGUUUAGCGGGGUUUUUACUAUUUUAGGCUUCAAAGUAUGAUUUACGUUCCACUAAUCAUGUUGUUAACGAUGCGCUUUACAAACUAUUUAUCGCAAUAGUAAGCGAUAUCGGUUUGUGCUACAAUGUAAUAAAGCAGUACUUACUGGCGCGGGAAUCAACUGUAAGUUUCGCAAUAAAUUGACGAAAAAAAUUGAAACAGA